UCACAAAUUCGUGCGAGAGAAACGGAUGGCCUCCGACGGUCAAGUUCUCCAGACAGUAUAAAUGGAACCAAAAGGACACCAUUUUCAAACCAUCGUGUGCGCUCUCUGUUCAUACUACAAAGAAAAAAAUACUAAAAAAAAAAAAAGCUGAUUAUACUCUGUUUCUACUAAAGAAAAACAGAAAAGAGCAUGGGAAGGUUGGGUUUUUCUCUGGUGUUCUUGCUGGCAGUAACCCUCUCAAUCCAUUCGGUAAUGGGUACGUUUGAAACUGCUGAAUACUUACUCGAUCAAUUGAAAGGCGUUGCCUCAGGCGAAGAGGACGCAACAAAGAACCUUCGAAACAAUGCAGUUGAAAUGAUGGAUGAUGCCAAAGAUUCCUACGGUACCUGGACUGAUUGGGCCAAAAACAAGCUUGAGGGUCUUGGUUUUAUCUCCGAAAGCCCACCACCAGCAGACGAAGCGUUACCUCCAUCAGAUGCAUUCUCAGACUCGACUGGAUCAGCUGGAUAUGCACCAGCGGGGGCACCUCAGGCAUAUUAGAGUCCGUUAAA